ACAGUUACUGUUCAAAGUCUUCAUCCUGUUUGUGUCAGUGAAAGAGCUGAACUUCCUCUAAUGUUCAUAUAGCUACUGUAAAGACAAUCCACGCUAAGUUUACUGUUCAGCUUGAGCUCAUCACUGAAGCAAAAGGAGGACCCUUCUGAGGGGGAAAGGGCGGAGCGAUUUUAUCCAGACGAAGUAACCGAAAUCUGGAAGUAUGGAAACUGAAAUCAAAAUGUAGCGUUUUGGAUUCUGUUGUCUACUUCUUUUUUCUUCACCUAAAACAAAUAUCGUGUGUUUUUAAAAUGGAUGGAUGUACCACAACUUAUUAGGAUAUAUUUUGAUCGAAGUACAGUAAUAGGCCAACACACAUCGUAAUCUCAACAAAGACUGUAGAUCUUAAUGGGCUUUUCUUUUUGUAUCCCAUCUUGAAAUUUUCAAACGAAAACAAUAACAGCUAUACCUUAUAUUGAUAGCACUAUUAACUGUAUUCCUCGAAAUGGUCUUUUUUGUUUUAAACGUAUUAGGCUAUUUUUAAUAGGCCUAUUCGACUUUGAAAAAAGCGGAUGAUCAAACUCGCUUUACUAAAUCAUGAGGAGUUUAUUGAUCGGAUAUUUAGGGAACUGUGAAUAUGAUUCAUAAAUAUUUUUUCCUCUGCCUGUGGAUUUGGUUCUCACAUGGUGUUAUUGGUGAUACAGAUGAAGUGAAGUCAGUGACUGAAGGAGAUUCUGUCUCUCUUAACACUGGUGUCUCUGAAGUGCAGAGAGAUGAUUAUAUACUGUGGAUGUUUAACAUUAACAAUUCAGACACUCGUAUUGCUGAAAUCCAUAAGCAGGUCAUUGAUAUGUAUGACAGUAAUAAGAUAUUUGGAGACAGACUCCAGAUGGACAGUCGGACUGGAUCUCUGAUCAUCAGAAACAUCAGAACUGAACACUCUGGACUUUAUAAACUACAGAUAAUCAAAGCUGGAGUCACAUACAAGAGUUUUUCUGUUGCUGUCUAUGCUCCUCUUCCCAUUCCUGUCAUCAAUAGAGACACUUCAAACUGUUCAUCAUCAUCAUCUAAACGUUCAUCAGUGUCCAGAUGUGUGCUGCUGUGUUCAGUGUUGAAUGUGAGUCAUGUGACUCUCUCCUGGUACAAAGGAAACAGUUUAUUGUCCAGCAUCAGUGUGUCUGAUCUCAGCAUCAGUCUCUCUCUACCUCUGGAGGUGGAAUAUCAGGAGAAAAACACCUACAGCUGUGUGAUCAACAAUCCCAUCAGCAACCAGACUCAACACAGCAUCAACAUCACUCAACUCUGUCACACAUGUCCAGAACUCAUACAGCAGUCACAGUCGGUGGUAUUAUUAGUUAUAGUGAUAGUACUGAUCAUGGUUGUAGUUGGGGGCUUCAUAUACUUGUACCACAAGAAAUGCAAACAAGCAAGAUCACAAGGCAAGUAUUACUCUUUUCAUAAUAUUAUGAGGAUUCUGAUACAAAAUCAAGAUUUUAAAAGAUGUGCCACAAUAUCUGUUUUUAAACACCUUUUAAGACUUAUUUGAAAAAUGUAACAUUAUCAUUAAAACAGUGCAGACUUGUGAGGAAGAGGUACUUUAUGCUGAAACAAGAUUCUGUGCACGUAGUGUUCACGUACGGUAAGAUACAGUAUUGCAGUGUGCAGUGAAUCUGUCUGCAAAAACCACAAACACUGCGAGAAACACAUGCGCUUACACAUGUGACAAAGCAAAAAAUGUGCCAUCCUGUGCUGAUGUCAGUGUUGUGCUUAUUUGUCUGUUAAUUAUGUUGCCUUUCAAGCAAUUUAAACCACUCUUUUUAGCUUAAUUCCUGCUCAUGCUUGUUCUUUUUCUGCUUAGGCUUCAGUUGUACAUGAUACCAUCCCCAAGGCACUUUGCAAUAUCAACUUGAGAAAGCACAUUAUACCAAUAAGUGUUCUUAUUUCUCAGCUAGUACAGUUUAGGAAAGGUGGAGGUUGAAUUUUUUGGAAUACAUGAUUAUGCCUCU